GGCACUCCCCAUUGGCUAUUGACCGCUUCGUCGAUUGACUGGCUUUCGAAGUGUAACUUUAAAAUUUCUGCUACGAGUCGUCCGAGUCGACAAAUGAACGUCGUAAUACGUAUCACAUUAAUGGCAAGUUCAACGAACCUUUAUUGUUAAAUGAUACGAUUCAGUAAUGUACACAACGUCAGUUUACAUAAAACAGGUUAUUCAUUCUUGCGACAACUCCGCCAAUGCGGUUCGUCUUUACCGACCACUUAUGAGUCACGAUAGAAAUGGAAGAGUGGAGGAUGGAGUGGUGCGCGCCAUGAGCAACAAACGACAGCAACAGCCGGCGCGUAAACAGCCAAGUAUGCAGGUAACUAUGGUCACCAGGUAAUACACAGUGCGACACGGCGGGACUGGAGGGAGGAGGGAUGGACGAGCGUUCUCCGAACGGUACGACUCGCAGUCUCGUAUGGCGCGCGUUCGUUGUCGGUUGUGAUCGGCGUAAGCGCGGGUGUAAGAGGUGAAAGAGUGGUUUGGAAGAGAGGAGAGGAGAGGAGAGGAGAGGAGAACAGAACAGAACGUUUUGCGAAGAUUCUUUCACGACGGUGUAAACAACAAAUCGAAGAAAGGAAAAGAGAGGAGUUUUAGGCGUACAGGAUGCCGAUUGCGUGAAAGGACGAGGGGGGCACCGUACGGAUAACGUGACGGAAAAUGCGGCCGCAACACGUCGUGGCAGUUUUGACCACCCUGUUGGCGGUCGCGCAAGGUGCACCGCAGGACUACAGGUACAAGAAUUAUGAAGAGCACCAUCGCGAGGCAUACUUCAAUGGGUCCGCGUUUCUCAAACUAAGCUCGUUCGUGUCCGUGCAUCGACACAGCGGUCUUAGCUUCCGUACAUGCGAUCCUGGUAGACUGUUUCUGCAGAGGUACAACGAUAACAAUUCGAUCAGUCUCGAGGUGACACCCGACGGACUCCUCUUCGUGGCCGUUGUCGAUCAACAGAAGUACAGAGCUAGAUUGAGCGCCAGGUUGUUGGAUAACGCCUGGCAUAACGUUAACCUAUUCUUCAGGCUAGGCAAUCUUACGUUAAAUGCUGCGGGACACACGCAGGUAGUUGCAAAUGCGACUUAUAACUCCGCCAUUCUGACACUUCCUGAUUACGACGUAAAUAGUUCUCUCAUAAUUGGUGAAGGGUUCAAAGGUUGCAUCCUGCAAGGACCUAGUAUUCUCUUCAACGACAGCAUCAAUAACGGCGUUGUUUUUGGACUUUGUUCAUCAGACACCAAAGGAUGUGGCACAAACGGCCUUGCUGGUGGCACGGGGUCAGCUGUUACGGCCUCCACUAUGGAUUUUUGCCACCAUGAACCAUGCAUGAUGCAUGGUAAAUGCGUUUCGCGCCAGGAUCGCUACGAGUGUCACUGUUUCGCCCGGUACUCCGGCAACAACUGCCAAAUCGACAAUGGUCCACCCUGCGAAAAUACACCCUGCCGCAACGGCGGUACCUGCAUUGAAGAUUCCCGGGGCGACUUUAGCUGUGCCUGUAAGCCGGGGUUCACAGGCAGCCGUUGCGAAUCUCAACUGGGAGUACGAUUGUGCGAACAAAACCCCUGCAAAAACAACGGCAUUUGUCUAGCACUCACCGAAACUGAAUAUCGAUGCGAAUGUCAGCCUGGCUGGACUAGCAAGAAUUGCGAGACCAACAUCAACGAAUGCGUCCCGAAUCCGUGCAGGAAUGGCGGCAUCUGCAACGACGCGAUCAAUAAUUAUACUUGCGUAUGCGAUAGAACCGGUUACGAAGGUACCAAUUGCGACGUGGACGUCGAUGAAUGCUUGGCGAACCCGUGCCUAAACAACGGAGUGUGUUACGAUUAUUACGGCACUUACAUCUGCCACUGUCCAACGGGCUUUGAGGGACAAAACUGCGAGCUUAAUUUGAACGAGUGCCUGUCCGGGCCAUGCGACAACGACGGCGAGUGUAUCGACGACGUUGGCACCUAUCACUGCAAAUGUUUGCCGGGCUUCACAGGCCGCCAUUGUGAAUUACGUGGUCUGUGCGAGAACGCGGCUUGUCCGGCCAACAGCAUUUGCGUCGAGGACUCCCAUGGGGCCCAAUGCGUUUGCAAUCCCGGAUUCAUGGGCAAUCCGCCCAACUGCACGGUUAAUUACUGUGCCAGUAAUCCCUGCGUCAACGGUGGCACCUGCUCCAGCGGCAGGGACGGCUUCAAUUGUACCUGUCCACCGGAAUGGAGAGGAAACACGUGCUCUUCUCCGGCCUCGGACUGGUGCGGCGCGUGCUACAAUGGCGGCAGCUGUGUGGAAACCAUGUACGGGAUCGUAUGCCAGUGUCCUAGAUUCUGGACCGGGCCCCAAUGCAAGGAGCCGGUCACUUGCGACAAUCUACCCUGCAAACAGGCUUCCGCGUGUCACGAUUAUUCCGACGGCUAUUAUUGCACCUGCGAGCCAGGGUGGACAGGAUUCGAGUGUUCCAUCGACUUGGACGAGUGCGCCAGUGAUCCCUGCCGAAACGGCGGCAUCUGCAUUGAUCAGCUCAACAACUAUUACUGCGAGUGCCUGCCAGGAUACUCUGGAAAGAACUGCCAGAUCAACGUGGACGAGUGUUUAUCGCAGCCGUGCAAAAACGGCGGUACCUGCAUCGAUCGCGUCAACGGCUACACCUGCAACUGCACCAGAGAUUUCAUGGGCGAUAACUGCGAACGGGAGUACGACCCGUGUGCUGUGAAUCCUUGCCAGAACAACGGCAGUUGCACACUGAUACCGAGAUCGAGAAGAGAAUUUAUUUGCGAGUGCCCACACGGAUUCGAGGGCAAGGUGUGCGACGUGAACAUUGACGACUGCGUAGGUGUAGUGUGUCCCGAUGAUAAAGUGUGCGUCGAUGACGUCGCCGGUUAUGAGUGCAAAUGUCGGGAGGGUUACGCAGAACCCAACUGCACCUUCAUCGUGGACCAGUGCGCCGCGAAACCUUGCAAUAACAACGGCACAUGCAUCGACCUCGGUGAGCGCGGUUUUGAGUGCAAGUGCAAGUCCGGCUUCCAAGGUCAAUAUUGCGACCUCCACAUAAAAGAGUGCGAGCCGCACAGCAAUCCGUGUAUCAACGGCAUUUGUGUCAACAACGGGACCGGUUACGAAUGCUACUGCCGACCCGGCUUUUCCGGGGACCAUUGCGACAUUAACAUCAACGAAUGUCUCUGUGGACCGUGCAAGAACAAUGGCACGUGCUUCGACCGUAUCAAUAUGUUCGAGUGCGCUUGCCCAGCCGGCUACACCGGUAAGACCUGCGAGGUCGACGUGAACGAGUGCGAGAGCAAUCCCUGCGUGAACGGUGCGAGAUGCGUGAACGGCGUAGCCGCGUACACGUGCGUGUGUCCACCCGGCUACCGCGGCGCCAAUUGCGAGAUCAACAUCGACGACUGCGAGUCUGCACCAUGCAUGAAUAUGGGAAAGUGUAUCGAUGGUGUCAAUGAUUUCACCUGUGAUUGCAGCGACACCGGUUUUGAGGGGCUGCGAUGCGACAAAAAUAUCGACGACUGCUUAUCACAGCCCUGCGUGAACGGCGCACUCUGCGUGGAUGACAUCAAGAACUACAAGUGCCAGUGUUAUCCUGGCUAUACCGGCAAAAACUGCGAGGUGGACGUGAAUGAGUGCGAGAACUCGCCCUGUCAGUACAACGGCACCUGUCUCGAGAGAUCCAAUAGGGAACUUUACAAGAGUGACGCUUUGACUUUGCCAGCGAUCUUCACCCAGGAAUUCAGUUAUGUCAACGCGAGCGGGUACGAGUGCUUGUGCGUACAAGGUGUCACCGGCAAGAAUUGCGAAGUAAACAUCAACGAGUGCGAUAGCAAUCCCUGUCAAGCGGGCAUCUGUAUGGAUCGCAUCGGCGGCUACACCUGCGAAUGCGACGAGGGCUACGAGGGUGAUCACUGCCAGCACGAAAUCGAUGAGUGCAAGAGAUAUAAUCCCUGCGAACACGGGGUUUGCACCGACGGCAGGGCCGACUAUUUUUGUACGUGCGAGCCGGAAUACGGAGGCAAGAAUUGUUCGGUAGAGUUGACUGGAUGUCAGGGCAACGCCUGCCAAAACGGAGGUACCUGCUGGCCCUACUUGAUCGACGAGACUAUUCACAAGUUCAAUUGUACCUGUCCCAACGGCUACCACGGUGAAGUUUGCGAUUAUGUGACCACGAUGUCUUUGAGCGGCAGUUCAUAUGUCGUGGUGAAUACCACGCGCGAUGAGGGUUACGACAUACAAUUCCGCUUCAGGACCACCUUGCCGAAUGGUCUCCUGGCCAUCGGCAAGGGUUUGACCUUCUACAUCCUCGAACUAGUGAAUGGCAAGCUCAACCUACAUUCCAGCUUGCUCAACAAGUGGGAGGGUGUUUUUAUUGGUAGUGGCCUCAACGAUUCCACUUGGCAAAAGGUCUUCGUGGCAAUCAACGCGACUCACCUCGUUCUCUCUGCUAACGAAGAGCAAACCAUCUACCCUAUCAGCCUCAACGAGGGCUCAAACUCGAACCACACGUCUUUCCCCAUGACUUAUGUAGGCGGCACUAUUAGCUACCUCAGGAAAUUGACACAUGGGCCACCGUUCUUCGUUGGCUGCACAGAAGAUGUCGUCAUCAACGGCGAAUGGAUUUAUUCCGGUACCAUGUCAAAGACCGUGUACAUGGAAGACGUGGAACCGGGUUGUCCUCGCGAAGCUCAAUGCUCGCCAAAUCCAUGCAAGAAUGGCGGUCACUGUACCGAUCGUUGGCGCGACUUUUCCUGCAAGUGCGAGCGUCCUUACUUGGGCCAUACGUGUCAGUACAACAUGACGGCCGCUACUUUCGGCUACGAGAAUAUUACAAACGGUUACGUGACUGUGAAGGUGUUUGACGCGGCAAGGCGAGCUGUCAGAUCGAUCGUCGACAUUUCCAUGUUUGUUCGCACCAGGCAGGAUCGCGGUGACAUAUUUUAUCUAGGUACGGAGCCGAGUUCUCAGAGUGAUCAAAAGGAGAAGACUUACAUAGCGGCACAGCUGGAGGGUGGGGAACUGCUUGUGAGAAUCCAGUUUAACGGCACGGAAGCUUAUACUGUCGGCGGGGUAAAACUUCACGAUGGGAACAAUCAUCUGAUUCAAGUAGUUAGAAACGUCACCCUUGUUCAAGUAAAAAUAAACGGCACCGAGUACUUCCGCAAGACCAUCAGCGCAACGGGACAACUCAAUGUGACCGUCCUUUAUCUGGGAGGACUGCCACAGACGUCGAGAUAUAUUCGUCAGGUCGACAACAGGCAGAUGGAUGUUCAGCAAGUAACGUCGCAGAUUAACUUUAAGGGCGUUAUCCAGGAUGUGCAGAUAUCGAACGGUGUCGAAACUAUGGUCGUGGAAUUUUUCCCCUUGAAGGCACAGGAUAUUCCUUCGCCGAUCCAGUUCGGUAACGUGUCAUUCGACUAUGAUAAAGUCCUCGAAGGCGUGGUAUCAGACAAUGUGUGCGUGAGCAGCCCGUGCAAUCACAAUGGCACUUGCCACGUUACAUGGAACGACUUCUGGUGCCAGUGUCCGCGUGGCUACACCGGCAAAACUUGCCAGGAGAUGGAGUUCUGCCAGCUACAAGACUGUCCAGCGGGUUCCCGUUGCCAGAAUCUCGAUGACGGUUACGAGUGCAUCGCUAAUGCAACUUUCGACGGCAUCUCCACUGCGUUCACAUAUACGUACGAUCGCGCCGAUGAGCGUAAUGUUAGCAACUCAUCGCUCAACACUAUCGAGAUCACCUAUCGAUCCAACACCGGCGGAACUUUGCUCCACAUGACGCCGCAUGUGGGUGAUUCGCAUUUCACCGUGUCCGUUUUUAAAGACUUUGUUACCGUGUCGUGGCAACUGGACGUGGAGAAUCAGGGUGCGUUGUCUUUUGGAAAGACGCAACCAGACGGAAACUGGACCUCGCUGCUGAUUAGAUUCAACAAUAAUUCCGUGGAAUGCGGCUAUGCCAAUCCCGCCGAAGAACAUGCACCUCACAUGAGCUCCAACUUCAAGUACCAGCUGUGGCAUGAGCUCUUGGUGACGGGAACGGUCACCCUCGGCGGAUUGUCUAGCGCGUUAUCCGAUAGACACAGUUACGUCACUGUCGGAUCCAGACAGGAAAAGAGGAAUGGAAUCGAGGGAAAUAGUGUGGAUUACAGCAACGAGCAUGGACUGACGACCGCACCGCCGCCGCCGCCGCAUAGUAUGAUGUCAGGAGAACCGUUCAAGGGCUGUCUGGGGGAGGUGCGGAUCGGCAGCAUGCUGUUGCAUUAUUUCACAUACGAGGAGGUGUAUCAGAACGCAAACUUUACGCCGCUGCAAUUUCUAUCGUUACAAGAAAUGUCGUUACACGACAAUGGCACACAUCGCGACAGCAUUGGUUGUCAAUUGUGUUUCGACACGGACUGCAAAAACGAGGGCUACUGUCUCGACAAGGCAAACAGUUACGUGUGUGAGUGUCCCGCCGGCUACGCCGAGGAUGACUGUUCUUUUAACAUUGACGAAUGCAAAGACAACAAGUGCCAGAACGGUGCGACCUGCAUAGAUGGCAUCGCCAAUUACACCUGUGUGUGUAACAGCGGCUGGCAAGGAUGGCUAUGUGACAGCGACAUCAACGAGUGCGUAACGCUCAGCCCGUGCCAACACGAUGGCGUGUGCUUGAAUCUACCGGGAUUGUUCAAGUGUGAGUGCCCGGACCAAUUCACCGGAAAUUUCUGCGAGAACUUUCGACUCAUUACUUGCGAGAACGAGCCGUGUAAGAACGGUGCUACUUGCGUGGACGUGACGGAUCCAAAAACAGGCAAUAAUUACACCUGUAUCUGCGUACUCGGAUACGAGGGCUCGGUUUGUGACACGCCCUACUGUAGCGGCAGAAAAUGCCAAAAUGGUGGUAGAUGUGACUUUCUGUAUCAGCAAGCACCAAAGUGCACCUGCAUCCUCGGUUAUUCCGGUCUGUAUUGCGAGAUAAACAUCGACGACUGCGCAUCGGAUCCCGAAGGUAACGUGCCCUGCAAGAAUGACGGCAAGUGCUACGACGGAGUGAACAGCUUCACGUGCGACUGUCAGGGUACCGGAUACACCGGUCCAGACUGCUCCAUCGAUAUAAACGAAUGUCUGGAUCCAACAACCGAUUGCGGACACGGCAAAUGCGAGAAUUUGCCCGGCAUCUAUCGGUGCAUCUGCGACUCGGGUUACUGCGGCUACAAUUGCGGAAUGGUGAAUCCCUGCAAACAGGAAUAUUGCCAGAACGGCGGCACGUGCAAGUGCACCGACGACGGCGGUUACACGUGUCAAUGCACUUCCGAAUACACGGGACAAAAUUGUACAGAGUCGGGAAAUUUCUUGGGCAGCCAAGCUCUCGAUAUUGCAGUGAUUGUGGGGCCAAUAGUAGGUUGCCUCUUCAUCAUCGCACUUGUAUCCCUCAUAGCGCUCUUCAUGAUGGCCAGAAAGAAGCGCGCCACACGCGGCACUUAUAGCCCGAGCGCUCAGGAGUUCAGUAAUCCGCGAGUGGAGAUGGAUAAUGUGAUGAAACCUCCGCCGGAGGAAAGAUUGAUCUAAUCGAGCAGCGAUUGGGGCAGGCAAUUAGGUAACGCGCAAAUCUCGCUUUAUGGAAGCUGAUCACGAAAUCGCCAAACAAGUUGUACGAAUGCAAUUUUUUGCGUGACAUGUGAAUAAAUUUUAUGCUAUAAAUUUUACGAGAAAAAUACAGUCGCGUAAUUUUUGCUUUCUUUUGCUGAAAUUAAACUCACAAUAACAAGGUUUUUCCGAUGAUAAUUUCAUUAUAGUAACUGAAGUUUUAAUUGUGAUGAUAUUUACUAUCGCGGCGGAGGACAGCUUCCGUACUUCGAGGAUCGCGUUGGUACAUCUUAGUAUCUCUUGCGGGAAUAGUCACUGUGAAAUUUGUCGACUGAAAUAUCAUGCAUCACUUGCACGACGAUGACUGCUCAACGAACGGCUAAGUUGAUGGCGUGAAGCGACUACUCAUAGCGUCUUCUAGUCGCUUUUGUCGUUCUUUCACCGUUAUAAACGGCAGACGAGUUAAAAGGAAUUGAAAUUAAAUGAGAAUUUAUGCAUGCGAAAUUAUAAAUUUCUCUUUUAGAAUCUUUUGGAAUCUUUUGGAAUUGAUUCCAAGAUUUGUCUCAAAUCCUCUCAAUCCGUCUGCACAGAAUAAUCGAAUAGGUGCAAAGAGAAGUGUUUCAAUAUUAAUGAUGAAUUUAACAAAUUUGUUGUCAACAACACAAACGCUUCUCGAUAUUGCGUUUAAGACGAAGAAUGAUAAUUAUCGACUAAUUUUUGGUAGCAAUUCUCGAAAACUCGGCGUUACGUUGGAGCGAGAUAAAGCCAACGUUACGCUAUAAGUUUCUUGAGUGAUUUAAUGUACUUCCCUGCGGUCGUGAGGAACAUACAUAUGUGUAUAUAUAUAUACAGAGUGUCCCAGAGGAAAGAAGAAAAAUUACAUUAUGUGUAAGAACGUAUUUCUUGAUUAAAAUAAAUUUACAUUCUUGAUCUUUUUAAAAGAAUCCAAGGGACCAACAACAUUCAAGAACUCGUGGAUUCAAAGAACAAAAGAUCGUUAGACUGGAUAAUGCCUAAUGAUCCAGGAAUAUGUAAUCUGAAGAUUUUGGAAUCGUAAGAGAUUCGGAUAGCAAAUUUUUUAAAAAUUUAAUUAUCUUCGUCCGGUGAAGCUUAGCAUUAACAAGGAGAGAGUACACUUAUCUGGGACGCUCUACAAAUCGCAUGACGCAUAAGACAUCGUGGAUUUCAACAAAGUGUACUUAAAGCUUUCAGAAAAAGUGUCCUUAAGGCAUAAGCAAUACUCGAAGGAGGUAACCGAACGAACAGACCCGUCCAUUUUAGUGCCUAAUCUCCCCCCUAUUCCCCCAUCACACGCACACCCACAUAUACACACACAUGUACACGUACACAGACUUGAAAAUGUCAUUUAUAAAUGGAAGCAUAUAGUAUUGAAAAGUGUGAGAAGAAAAGAAUGACAGGACAUUCCAAAAAUGAUGCAUAAUGUUCUUACAGCUAUAACAGGCAAAGUGAAUUUAGGAGAGUUGGCAGAAAUUAUAAUCAUGUGAAUCUUAAUUUCCAGUUUCGAAAAUAGCAGUUCAACAUUAGCAGUUAAAAGAUAUUUUGUACAUUUCUAUUUGUUAUUUCUUAUUUCCUAAGUAUACGUCCAGUAUUUUUUAAAUUUCUUUUUUUACAUAUUUUUAAAUAAUAUAUGUUGAUUUGAUUUUGCAAAUGAAUUUUAUAAUUUUAUGAUUAUAUUUCCUUUCUUCUACUGCUCUCAUUAAUUUCACUGCCUCUUUCAGUAUUUACUAUUUUUUUAUGUAAAAAGAAAACUUUUUAUCUUGUAUUAUCAAUCUAAUUUUAAUUGACUUUUCUUUUAAUCCGACACCAAUAAACUUUUAUUUAAUUUAUCCACCGCAUAUGUGCACACACACACCACACACACACACACACACACACAUACAUACAUACAUACAUACACUAGGUCCUCUAUACUAGUAUUGUCAAGCGAUGUCAACGUUUAUUCAAAUUUAUCGUGAAGAGAUGACGAUGUCGUGUUUUCGUCGCGACUCGAGGCUCGCGAGCGAAAAGAAUACUCUUAUACACGCACGAAAAACUCGCGAUAUCGCCAUCGCGCUUGUUAAUUUUGUAAAUAGCUUAGCUCAUAAGUCGUGAAGAUUAUUAACGAUUUUAUCACUAGAAUUUUAUAUAACUAUUAGGUAUUUAACGAACGACGAACAUAUAUCAAUCGGUACGUAAUUACUUACUACCACGCGACCAAAGUAAACGGCAAGGUAAGCUUGCGUUAUACAAGUUUACUCUGUAAAAAUUAUGUCACAAUGUUGUGACUUUUUGCACGAUAUUCAUCACCCUAAAGCGUAUGUUCGCAAGACUGAAUUUUUAGCGUGACACGAAAAAACAGGAGACCAAAUAUAUCCGAGAAAAAUAAUUUCCCAUCAACUCAGUUUCCUUAAUUACAAUUAUCGCAGAUAUAUGUAUAUACGUCGAAAUUGUAUGAAAAUUAUCCCAAUAUCUAUAAUUUGGACAAACGAGCAUAGCCCUUUCAUUUUCCGACAGUAGUAUGUAAAAUUAUUCGCAAGUAUAAUUUAUUUCACCGUAGACACGCUCGAAUUUAGAUCGUCGCAAAAAAAGAAAGGGUAGAAAAAAGGAAAGGAUCGAAUGAAAUACGUAGAUUCGAGCGCGAAAGUUUAUUCCACAUAAUCGUGACGACAGACACGUACGCGACACAUUGCGUUAGAUAAGUAGGUAUAGCGACUCUCCCUUCCCUCAAGUGGAUAAUUAAAAAUGUACAAAAUCAAUAAAUAUAUACACAUAUAAUUUAACAAA